AAGUUUUGAUGCUUUAGUUGCUAGCCCAGAGUCGACCCAGAAGUUGAGGCAAUUUUUUUGCUCGGCAUCGAUCCAAAAUUCAAUUGACCAUUGAAUUUUGAUACGAUCGACACACUCAAGGAUUAUACACGAAACACAAUAAACUGUCGGGAUAUAUAUUCUCUGUAUAAAAAAAUAUAUAUAAACGUUUUCUGGCUGCCGUCCGUUGCAGUUAAAAGUGCUCAAUAUGAGAAGUGCACUUUUUGUCUUGGCGCUCUGCGCUGUGGCUUUUGCCACCGCAUCGGCUGACACGCAUGUGCGUAAGGCUCGUGCUGUAGAGGGAUACUCGUAUCCUGUACCAGAUGUGCCAUUUGUUUUGCCGACGCGCACUACUGCGCCACCAGUGACAAAUAAACCACAGCCUCCAGUGACGACUCGCCGACCAACUCUACCACCAACCACCAGGCCUCCCAUUCGUACUCCUCCACCACCAACCUAUUUGCCUCCUACAAAUAAGCCCCAACCCCCAGUAAUUAUUACCACCCGUAAGCCAACACCUCCGCCAACUCGUGCGACUACCACUCGUCCACCUAUCACUCGUCCACCAACCACAUACUUGCCUCCAUCGACCACCCGUAGGACAACAACGACUACCCGUAGGCCAACAACGACUACCCCUAGGCCAACAACGACUACCCGUAAGGUAAUAACCACACCGGUUACCCGUAGGCCCACACCCAGUACUGUAGGACCAACCUACUUGCCUCCUACAAAUAAGCCCCAACCCCCAGUAAUUAUUACCACCCGUAAGCCAACACCUCCGCCAACUCGUGCGACUACCACUCGUCCACCUAUCACCCGUCCACCAACCACGUACUUGCCUCCAUCGACCACCCGUAAAGUAACACCUCCGCCAACCCGUACGACUCCAAUAAUAAUUACCACCCAGAGGAUAACGACCCCUAGGACCACCAGGACUAUUGUGACAGCACCGCCGACGACCAAGCGCGUGGGCUACGAUUAUCCUAAGCCCAGCAUUCCCUUUGACUUUUAAGCACCCGCACAGCAGCACAGUUAUAGCCGUCGAUGAAUUCAACGACGCUCGAAAGGCAGAUGGGUGACAUAUCAUUUCAUUUUAAUUGAAAUAUUAUCGUCUGAGGGAGGGGAUGCAAUAACUGAUGCUCUCUAAAUAUAUCUAGCAAUGCAAAUGCCAACCAUAUCUAUAGGGCUAGAUACAUCUAGUCAAUGCAGUCGAAAAGAUUUUUACAGCGUUUCAUGAGGGUGCUCCAAAUUGCGAUACCACUGAAGCGUCAGCAAGAAUUCAACUUGUUUGUUUUUAUGAAUUAAUGAAUCGCAUACUCAUACAAUUAGGGAUCACUGUAUAUGUAUCUAACUUUUUGUAAACUUCUUAAAUAUGUACUAUAAUACGCUCUCUUGCUAUGUUUUAUGUCUCCCGUCUCAAGACUAUUUAGCUCUAUGUUCAAAUAAAAUGAAAACAAACACCAUUUA